AUGCCCACCAACAUAGCCUCAGCCCGGCCAGCCGGGGUGCGCGCCAGAGGUCCAGGUCCACAAGAGAUCAAAGAGACUAAAGAUGCUCGAUCCGACCAUGCACGCGGUCACACGCGCCAAUCUUCGGAUAGUGCACGUCGACGAUCGCGCCGGUCGUUUCUGCGCGGAUUUAAGAAUCAAGUCACGGAACAUACUUGGCUUGUUCCGCUGGUUCUGGUCUUGGCUAUUUUGUCUCUGUACGCUAUCAACCCGUGUGAGUCGAAUGUGAUUCACCAUUUCAUUUUCCUAUCUUACAAAUUGCCUGAGGAUGGCAAUCUCGGAUCCCCUCAGUAUGGAAAGGGUCUUUGGGAUAUUGCGUUUGUGUCGUUUUAUACGAUCGUGCUCUCUUUUACUCGUGAAUUCAUCAUGCAGGAACUGCUGCGGCCUUUGGCCAGGAUCGCGGGGAUCAAAUCCCGUGGCAAGCAGUUGAGGUUCAUGGAACAGAUGUAUACGGCGAUUUACUUUGGGAUGACGGGGCCUGCUGGGCUUUAUGUUAUGUCGCGGAGUCCCGUCUGGUAUUUUAAGACGAGUGCGAUGUAUGAGGGGUUCCCUCACAGGACGCACGAGGCGGCUUUCAAGUUUUAUUACUUGUUUGAGGCGGCUUAUUGGGCGCAGCAGGCUAUUGUUAUGCUGUUGGGGCAGGAGAAGAGGAGGAAGGAUUUCAAGGAGCUUGUUGCUCAUCAUAUCGUGACUUUGAGUCUUAUUGCUUUGAGCUAUAGAUUUCAUUUCACAUAUAUGGGUAUUGCAAUUUACAUUACCCAUGAUAUCAGUGAUUUCUUCCUUGCUGUGUCCAAGUCAUUUCACUAUAUUGAUUCGGACCUGAUCAUCCCCUUCUAUGCCCUUUCGGUGGGCUCGUGGAUUUAUCUGCGUCAUUAUUUGAACCUGGGUGUUCUAUGGUCUAUAUUGACUGAGUUCAAGACUGUCGGUCCUUACGAGCUGAACUGGGAGACACAGCAAUACAAGUGCUGGAUUUCUCAGGCGAUUACUUUUGCCUUGCUGGCUUCGCUUCAAAGUCUCAAUCUUUUCUGGCUUUACUGCCUCAUGCGCAGCGCUUGGAAAUUUCUCGCCUAUGGUGUGAAGAAAGACGAUAGGUCUGAGGCCGAACAGUCCGAGAUCGAAGAGAUGAUGCAGAAACAGCUGGCCAAGGCCAAGGCGUCUUGA